GGGAGUGGGGGUCGUCAGUGGGUAGCUGUCGGCGAGAGGUGGCGGUGGUUUUGUAAGGUGAAGAAAAGAGGGGUUAAGUGAGCCGUGCCGGGCCGUAGAAUCGAGCUAGCGGUGGCGCGGCCCGUGCUCGUGCUAUAGGGCCUCUGCCAGCCAAUAGUGCAAUCGUUUACAAGAUGGCAGACGGUCCGUCCGCGGAAGACGCGGCCACCGACCUAGGGGACAGUGAUUCUCGUUUAACGAGGGAGAGACACAAACGUCAGGACGCUUCGUCUUCGAUGACGUCCUUGAGCACGGGUCAGGAUAUCGCGAGACGCAUCCACGAAGACGCUUCGAUACUCGAGAAUCAUCCUCAUCAUUGGCAACAACAUCAAUAUCGUCCUCUCCGUCGUAAUUGUCAUACCAAUCUUCAUCUUUCUCGUCGCCAUUCUAGUAACGCUAACAAUAGUAACAACAACAACAACAACAACAACAACAACAACAACAACAACAACGACAACAAUAACAAUGGUAAUAUCAACCACAAUAAUCAUCAUCAUCACUAUCAUCGUCGUCACGAGCACGAGGACGAAAGCUUCGAUGGGAACGAGCGCGUUAGUAAAAAUGAAAAUGGUAGUGGUGCUUGUGUUAACACAAUGUGCGUUAUCCCGUUUACGUCACCGACCAGUGAAGAUUACGAGGAAGAGGACGACGACGACGACGACGACGACGAUGAUGAUGACGACGAGGAUGACGAUGAAGAGGAUGAGGAGGAGGAGGAGGAGGAGGAGGAGGAAGAGGAGGAGGUAGAAGAAGAAAAUGGAGUGAAGAAGAAGGGUAUAUCGAAAAAGUGUGCUCGAAUCGAUGUCGUAAAGACAGGGAAAAACGAGGAGAGCGAUAGCGAUAAUAGUAAUAGUAACGGUAACGGUAGUAGUAAUAAUAAUAGUGGUAAGAGUGGUGAUGAGGGUGGCGCGAUGACCGGUCACGCGACGCGCGGUGACAAUGCCGGGUGCUCGGUCGGCGACGGUCGACGGUCGAGAUGCGCGGUGGUCGGUGCUUUUCUCAAUUCGAAGGAGAACGCGAGCAAAAUGAACGAGUGCCGUGUAAAUGCCGGCAACGAUGAGGACGAGGACGGGGACGAGGACGAGCGCGCGUUAGAAAAAGCGAGCCGUCUCGGAUGCGAUAAGAGUAGCGAGCCCGAUAGAGAUGACGAGGACGCCGCACGAAAAACGACGGACGGCAUUGCUAGUAGUGAUGGUAGUAGUGAUGGUGGUAGUGGUGGUAGUGGUGGUGGUGGUGGUGGUGCUGCUGCUGCCGCUGCUGCUGUUUCUGCUUCUGGCGGUGGUGCUGCUGGUGCCGCUGGUGUUACUGCAAAUGGCCUCGUUGCCGGCAGGCAUCAGGGCAGCCCUUUCAAGGGACAGGUUAGGACGGCCGAGGACACCCUGGUCGGCCCUUGCGGGAAGAAGCGGUGCGCCGAUCGAUACGAUAGCUCCGAGAGUUCUGACAGUGGCGUGGCCGUGUCCUGCGGGGAAUGCAGCAGCAGCGGAACCAGCGACAUCACGGAGCCCGGUUCCCCGUGCAGCACGAGCAGCGACGAGGGGGUAGCAGCCGUGAGGGGCGCAUCCGCUAGUCCACUGCCGUCCCUACCCAAGCUGGCGCCCUCCUCGCAGAUCAGCACCAGGCCCCAGUGGCCCUGGACCCCGCCCCUCGCGGCCACCGCGUGCUCCACCUACAAGAGGCUGAAGGGCGAGCCCGAGGCUGGCGCCCUGCCGAGGUCCGGGGCCGCGGAUCCCGGGUUCAGGGGGAGCGGCAAGUCGGCCGGCAAGCCGAGCGCCGCCGGCCAUCAUCAUCACCACCACCACGAGUCCCAGGGGAAGAUCACCGAGUACUUCAAAACCCAGAUCAAACCCCAGCAACCCAAGAUCAAGAAGAGCAGCGAGGCGAUGUCGGUGCUGGUCGCGAAGAGUUCGUCGGAAUUUCGCAGGCCGGCUGCCACUGUGCAGAGGAGCAAGGCGGGUCUGGCCAAGUACCUGGGCGCCGUGUCGGCGUCGGGCAACGAUUGGGAAGUGAGAAGCCUGGCCAUGUCCCCGCCGCCCACCAAGAAGCCGCCGUUGGUCGUGGUGCCGAGGGCGAACGGCAAGAUGGAGAAGAAAUUGCCUAAACCGGUGCCCAGCCUGCCCAUCUCGAACGAGGUGUUGAAGAGCAUCCCCAGCUGCAAGAUCUCCUCGCUCAGGCUGACGUCGGACGCGAGCUCGAACGCGAAGAACGGCGUCUCGUCCCCGCCCGCGACGCCCGCCCCCGCCCUGGGCAACGUGGAGGCGGCCGCGCUCGACUUCAAGGGUUGCAUCCUUUCGAAGCCGCACGUGAACGAGAACAACAAUCUGACGAACGGGUGCGGGGGGAUCCUGGGCUCGUUGAGGGCGUCGCAGGGUGGGCAAGACCCGUUGAAGAGAUUCCCGCCCGAGGAGGGUGGCAAGGAGGGCAAGGAGAGGCAGGUGAGGCCCGCGGACGAGGACGACGUCGAGGAGGAGGAGGAGGACUCGAGGAGCAGCGAAUCGAAACCACCCCUAUCGCCGAUACUCUCCGCGCCGACCACCAUACGAUUCCCUGCACGGGAGCCGGAGAAGGACAGGCAACAGGCGACGGACAGCGGCGUGUGCCGAUGGGACAAGUGCGAGGAGAGCUUCGAGUCGAGCGGCGAACUUCUCGAACAUUUGCAGGUAGCUCAUAUCAACACCCAGACAGGGAGCGACAACUUCGUAUGCCAGUGGCAGGGUUGCAAGGUGCAGGGGAGGAGUUCCUGUUCGAGGAGGUGGUUGGAACGGCACGUGUUGUCUCACGGUGGGAACAAGCCCUUCCGGUGCAUAGUCGACGGCUGCGGCAGCAGAUUCAGCUCUCAGACGGCUCUCGAGAGGCACGUGAACGGACACUUUAAUCAACCGGAAACGAGCAACAAUAACGCUAGACGGAGCUGCGAGAGCGGAGGGAAAUUGGUGAGAAGAAACGGUAAACGGCUUCGAUACAGGCGGCAACCGUGGUCAGCGAGACUGUUCGAUUACUUCGAUUCAGGGGUGAUGGAGGGUCUUCAGCACAGGUUGUUACAAUUGGCAAAGUCGAGGACGCAAGGUCGUCUCGCUGAGACACCAGGAAAUUCGAUGGCCCUAACUAGUCAAGUAUUAGCCCGAAGAGUAGAAAUGGACGGGAAGACUAAAGUAUUGUUACGAUGGUACCCUCAAGAUAUCGAGCCGGACGAAUGGGUAUUAGAGUCGGAAGUACAAAGCACGAAAAACGUAGGAAUACGGAAAGUGGCGGCGUCUCACCCGGAGGAGGUGAGCUUGGCCCUGUUCUCGGCAGUGGGCAGCACUGAGCCGUCGUCGAUGCGGGUUAAGCAGCGCCGGAAACCGGCCAAGAACUCGUGAUAAUGCCGAUCGAGAAUGAUCGAAGGGAAAAGCGUGACCAAGUAGCCAAGACGAAGAUCGAGCCAGAGAGAACGAGAAUAGAGAGACGAGUCCUGUAUCAGGACGAUCGCGCUUUCUGGUAUGGAAACUGGGGGAAAAAAAAGAAAUAAAAAAGAAAGCCUAGCAAAAAUUAAACUGGAACCUGAAUACAGGUAAUUCAGGGAAGGGUAACCUGGGUUAGAGACGCCCUCUCGUUUCGAGAGGUGGAAAUGCAUGGCCCGAAAACGGUUGGAGAUUGGAUCGGAUUGGUUAACAUGUCCGAAAUGGGAGAAUCCAUGAGGAUCUGUGAGAUUCGAGGGAAAGAGAGAGAGAGAGAGAGAGAAAGGAGGGAAGAUGAACGAACGGGGACGAAGAAUUAAGAACGUAGAGCUAAGAAUAUACCCAAAGGAGAGGAAAGAGUAAUUACUACAUUCUAAUUUAUUUAGCCUAAAUCGAACGAAAAAAUCGUUAGGUGAUAUAUUUAGUAGUCGUGGAUAGCGAUGAAAUGGAUAUUCUUGUUGCCUAUCGAUACCAAAUUUUGAAAAAAAAAACGUUGGGGUCGAUUCCUGCCACGAGUGCCUGUGAUACUCGAAGCUGCGACACUCGUCGGACUCGGAAGAGCUAGGCUUGGGCCUCAAAAGUGCCUCACCGUGGAUACGAUUUUAUAUACCGUUGACCGUCGUCACCAAGACCAAUCGAGAGAGAGAGAGAGAGAGAGAGACGGUGGAGUUGAAUUAAAAUGAAAGAGAGAAAAGAAAGAAAAAUGCAAAAAAAAAAAAAAAUACAAAAAGAGAAAAAAACGAGAAGCCGAAGGAAACAAUAAUGCAAGAUAGAAGAGACGCAAGAGAGAAUUUUACUUGGAUACAACUUUGAUUACUUACUUGAUAAUGCGUGAUUAAGCGAAGAAGAGAGUAAUAAUAAUAAUAAUAAUAAUAAUAAUAAUAAUAAUAAUAAUUAAUAAUAAUAAUUAAUAAUAAUUAAUAAUAAUAAUAAUGAUAAAAAGCUAAAAGUAAAAAAAAAGAACAAAGAAGUAAGGGAAAAAAAAAAGAAAUGCAAACUAUUAAAUGUUAGUUAAACGAGAUUGUAAGGAGAUAAUCACUCUGGUGGCCUUAAGAAUCAAUUAAUAUCUAACAAUGGCCCCUUGGCACUUCCGGGCCCUGUUCAACUACUACCCCCUGAGAUGAGAGAGAGAGAGAGAGAGAGAUAGAGAGAAAAGGGGUGUGAAGAAAUGGAGACGUGUGUUUCGACUCACCCUCGACCCUCGACCAACUUUUAAAAGGAGAUGUAUCUACCUCGAUCUUCAACUCGGUAGAAAUUCGUGCAGGCCGUUGUGUCGUGCGACGUGCGGAGAUAAAGAGAGAUGGAGAGAGAGAGAGAGAGAGAGAGAGAGAAAGGUAAGGAAAGAAGAGGGGGCGUGUAUAUGCAUGGGCGGUGUGUUAUCGGAUAAAGGAAUCUUGGGAGAAGGCGACAACGGAAGAGGGCAAUAGCCAAAGAGACGAAUGUAAAUGGAAAUCACCGAAGAAUAGACGAAACAAAGAAAAAGAAGAAAGAAGAGAGAAGAAAAUAGAGAUACAGAUUCGUUGUUACUUUCACGAGAGAGAAUGUAUAAUGAAACAAAGAUUGAAACUUGAAACGGUAAGAGAGAGACAGUCGAACGACCGAUGUGCCAAUGGGAUUUCUAUCGAGAUUUAUCCGUUUUCCCCUCUUCGAGAGAGAAAAAAAAGAAAGGAAAAAAUAGAGAGAGAGAGAAUAUCGUGUACGAAACGAGAUAGAAAAGUAGAGAGAAGAGAAAGGGAAAGAGAGUAAAAAAAAAAAAGUAAAUAAACAAGAAGAAAAGUCGGAACGAGGUUGCUUUGUUGUUUUCGUGCUUAAAACUUGUUUCAUUUCUCUGUCCGUACUUCAACCUAUUUUUAUCUUCCCUAUGCUUAGUUACGUGCAGCGAAAAUGUCAAUGCUGCAAACUCUGGCGAAACGAAAUCGAGCAAAAGGUUUCUUAUUAUUCCAUUUAACCCUCUCGUUCUUAUAUUCCGAUCGACAAAAAAAAGAAAGAAAAGAAAAGGAAAAUCAGAAUAAAAGUAGGAGUCUCCAAUGAUUUUUCAUUUCAAAAGCAACUGUACAUUAUAUAUUAUAUACAUAUGUAUAUAUAUAUCCUCUUUAUGAUUCCCGAAUUCAAACUCUCUCAGUUCCAAGUCUCUGUAUCGUCUCAACGUUUUUCAUCCGAUUCGACGGAAAAAAAGAAGGGAAGAUAAUAUAAUAUCGAAGAAUUUUGCACGGCAGAUCAGCUAUCGGAAUCGCGACGAGAGAGAAAAAGGUUAGAAAUCACUCGGUCGGUCAGUCGGGGAUACCUGCGAUAAAAAAGGAGCGACUCUAUAGGAAAGAAAACGGGAUAAAAAAAGAAAGAAGAACCGAGUGAGUAUUCGACAGCGUGAGAGCAUCGACUGCUGUAUCGACCGUAACGAACGAAAAGUUGUUACCACUCUGAACAAGGAUGAAACACGAUGGCUGUGUUACAUUUUCCACAGGAGUUACUAAAGGGUUGGGGGAGUAAUACGAAAGCGAAUCGUUUACAAAGAGAAAGAAGAAGAAGAAGAAGGAGGAGGAGGAAGAGGAGAAGGAGGAGGAGAACUUAUGGAUAAUGGAUGAGUGUGUGCCGGAUCGCUAUUUUCAUAGGUGUUAGGUUAGACACGCCGAGAUCGUAGAAAAUAUAUUUCUCGUAUCGCGGAAAUUUCUGACAUCAUGGAAUGUGGAUGCCGCACGAUUGUACACAUAUAUAAUUAUGUAGAGAGUAAAGUGAAUACUUGUAAAUUAAGAGGAGUAACAAAGUGGGAGGGGUGGAUUAUUCGACGUGUCGACGACGUGUUGUGUAGCUGGUACGAGGACGGGAAAAGAGAUAUUGCAAGGAGAAGGAGAAAGAGAGAGAGAGAGAGAGAGGAAAAAAAAGAGAAAGAACGAAGGAGAAAAAUUAUGGAAGGAAGGAAGGAAGAGACAACUGGAGAGAGAGCGAGAAGGAAAAUGAAAAAUGAGCAUACUGGGACAUACACACACACGGACAGAAGCACAUCUACACACACCAGCUAAGAAACACUGCCAAUACGAUUGUAAUUAAGAACUCUAGGCUAAUUGGUCGAUUAAUUAUUCUUACUAUUAUUAUUAUUACGAUUAACUGUAUAAUCCGAUAGAUCUCUAGUUGCCGCGGAUGGAUAAGUGGUUUACGAUGUGUCCUUUGUUGCUUCAGGCCCGUGCGUGCGUGCGUGCGUGCAUGCGUGCGUGAGCGAGUGCGCGAGUGAAAAAUUAUUCGUCACCGGAAUAACCGGUAAUUAUACGAAAAUGAAACUCUCGUUGGUUUCCUUUACGCAGAGAAAAGAAAAAAAAAAAUGAAAAAAAGUACCGGCGCACGUGCCGACGGCAACGGGAUAUAUAUAUAUAUAUUCGCGGACGAGCGUAUGUAAAUAGUUAGUUGAAAUUAUCUGUAAAUCGCCUGAUGAUACGGGCCACUGCCUCUUCUUUUAGAAGGAUAUCGAAACUGUCCCGAAUGGGGCGGCGCACAGCCUAUUGUCAGCUUACACGAUUCCAAGCGAGAAGGAGAUUCACUUUUUUGAUCUUUUGAAUUCUCGUUUCGGAAGAGAGAGAGACGUACACGUACACACACACAUAUACACACACACAUUAUAUAUAUAUAUAUACAUACACACGUUUGGGUGUUCAGCAUUAGAAGAGAAGAGGAACGCCGCGAUGAAAUGGAAUCGAAGAGGGAGAUCCGUUCUGGCUCGUUAUGGAAGGAAGAAGCGAUUCGCAGGAGAGGAAAGAAGAAACGCGUCACUGCCAAAUAUCGCGCACUGCCACCCGUUCAAAUACCAUGGACGCAACUUUCAGAAACCGUCUCUUUAAUUAAUUUAACUUUUCGAGUUUGCUACCGCGAAUCACCGUUUUUUCUCACCGUCCCGCGCCUAAACUGGUCGCCCUCCGAUCGAUUCUUUUUCUUUCUUUCUUUUUUUUUUUUUUUUCUCUCUUCUCUCUUAACAUUCUUCAGCUCCUUUUUUAGAUCCGUUUUUUUUGCGCGAACGUUGCGCGUCACGCGCGCUUACUGCCAGUCUCAUCACGUUGGACGCGAAACCAAGGCACUGCCAGCGAAAACAUAAACACGUAGGAAAAUCCGUAUCACGUAUAUAUAUAUAUAUAUUUAUAUAUAUGUACAUAACAGCUAUAUGUGUAUACAAGUUAAACUCACCGUUUACUCACGCAGAGAUAAAAUUAUCGAUCGAUUUUUUUUCGUUUAGCGCGCGGUAUAUUCUGCCCCCCUCUCCUUUCCCCUCUUCCACCGCUCGCCUACCACGGUCCCUUUUUUUCUUCUUUUUAUCUUUCCCCUCGUUCUGCUUUUUUCCCCCUUUCCCUCCCAUGUUGUGGCAUCUUUCUGCCAGUGCCAUGUAACAUAUCUCACGCCGCGCACUUCGUUUCUCUCUCUACUUUUUUUCGUCCCGUUUCUUUUCUUUCCCUUCUUCCUCCUCCUUCUCUUUCUCUUCGUGUUCAUCUUUGUGUUCAUGUUCGCGUUUGAUUUACUUCGUGGCGUGAUCGGUGGAUUCGAUCGUCGUUCCUUUCGCUCCACUCUCGUCGCGUUCUAACGAUCUUUCUCGUCGAGAUGAUCGAUUAGGUGAGAUAUAUAUAUAUAUAUCUAUAUAUAUAUAUAUAUAUAUAUAUAUAUAUAUAUAUAUAUAUAUAUAUAUAUAGAUCGGUCGGUAACGAAGAAACUUUUUAUCACGGGUGGGACCAAUUUCUAUUUUGCGCGGGAACUCGUGUUAGUACGUACGUUUUUUUUCUCUCUCUCUCUCUCUCUCUCUCUCUCUCUCUCUCUCUCUCUCUCUCUUUCUCUCUCUCGUAGAAUUAUUUCGAAAGCAUCGAUACGAUGCGUGUUAACGUGGGCAGGGGGGGAGGGGGCGCGUCGUGUCGUGUUUAGUCGUAUUUAGAAAGGUAUAUAAUCGAAUUAUCGAUUAGGUUUAGAACGUUUUCGCAACGUUGUUUAGAUAGAAAUUAUUAAGUUUACUCGAUUUACUCGAUAAUUAUUAGACAUUUAUGAUUGUACGUUUGUUUUUUGUGCGAGGGUGGAUCGGCGGGAAACGCUUUCGGUUUAUUCGGUAUUCGAUCACGCUUGAUCUCGUGGCAGUGAACCGUGGCGGGAAAUUUAGAUCGAUAGCGAGAAAUGAAAAUGAAAAUCUGAUCUUAUUUCGGACCUGCCCCAACAAUUUUUCGACAUUUUUAGAUUAUUAUUAUUAUUAUUAUUAUUAUUAUAAUAUAUAUAUAUGUAUAUAUAUGUAUGUAUAUACAUAUAUAUACAUUUAUAUGCACACGUACACACACACACACACACACACGUACACACGUACACACACACGUAUAUAUUAUAAUCAUCAUAGUUCGCUUCGGAAAAGACUGUCCGCAUUUAGUGUAUAGGAUCUAAUUAUUGUGUGAUUCUAUUUCAAGUAAACGGAAAAAGAAAAGAAAAGAAAAGAAAAGAAAAAAAAAGAAAAAAAGAAAAAAAAAAGGGGAAAAAAAAAAAAGAAAAAAAGGAAUCGGAGUAGAGAUAUUCGAUGCUGUGAAUAAUAAAUUACCAGUUCUUUCAUCAAUUGAUUUAUUCUAACAUUCGUCGUAUUUUUGUUUUUUUUCUUCUUCUUCUUUUUUUUUUUAACCAUUCGUCGAUUCGUAUCGUUCGUGAACCGAGAUGACCGUUGUGUAUUUGAAAAAAAAAAAAAAAAGACAAAAAAAAAAA